ACGAAGAACACUGAAUAGUAGGUGGGGGACACAGGCAUAUUUUGAAGUCGAGUGGUAGGAAGAAGUUCAGACUCUACUCAGCAGUUCUGAUCAGUUUUAUCAGUUGAAUUCAGCUCUCAGUACACUCUCUCAGUAGUACAGUAUAGAAGUAAGACUUCAGUAGAGUAUAGUAGUUGACUUCGUUCCGUGAAUACAGAUACUACAACCUCCUGAACAUCUCACUCACAAUAGAAAGUGGUGUCAACCACCUUAUCUAACCUAUAUUAUCGGAUCAUCGGUAUAUUUGUUUUGUUUUUGUUCAGUUACAGCAAGUGAAAGGCGGUACACCGCUCACCGAUAGACAAUCAUCGAGAUAGUGCUGCUGCCUUAUCUCUUUCAAUCCUGACUAUUGCGGUUAUCUUCACAAAAAAAUGUUUCCUCAUAAGAUUGAGCAAGUGGACGAGCAGCUGAACAUGAAGUUGAUGAACUUCUUCAAAGGAGAACGCCGUGGCUUCUGUAAAGUGGGUCCUGAGAAAUGGCUUCUUCCCAUGCGCUAUAUGGACCAAGCCGAGGGUUACUACAAUAUGCAAGUCAGGAAAGAUGAUGUCUGGAUUAUGACGUUCCCUCGUUCAGGAACUACCUGGUGUCAAGAACUGUUGUGGCUCAUCAAUAACAAUUUGGAUUACGAGAAAGCUUCACAGACUCCUCUCGACCGGAGGUUCCCAUUCCUAGAAUUCGGUAUCCUACACAGCCCCGAACUGCACAAGGAGAUAAUGGCCUUGAACAGCGACACCAAAGAGAUAGAAGACCAGCUGGCGUUCAUGCGACAGCCGGGUUACGAGUGGGCCGCCCAAAUGACCAAUCCGCGCCAUUUCAAAACUCACCUGCCCUUCGACCUGCUGCCCCCCUCGCUGCUCGACUCCUCCAAGGUCAUCUAUGUGGCGCGCAACCCCAAGGAUGUCGCCACUUCCUACUACUACCAUAACCGUCUCCUUAAAGUACACGAGUACACCGGUGAUUUCGAGACCUACUGGGAUCUGUUUGAACAGAACUUGUUGGCGUUCUGUCCCUACUGGCCCCAUAUCAAUCAAGCUUGGGCCAAGAGAAAUCAUCCAAAUUUGCUGUUCCUGUUCUACGAGGAUAUGGUUCAGGAUCUACCAAAAAACAUCGAGAAAGUGGCUGAGUUUUUGGGGAAAAAAUUGACCGCAGACCAAAUUUCGAGACUGACCGAUCACCUGCAUAUUGACAACUUCAAGAAGAACGUCGUCUUGCAUCCCAAAGUUGUGAUAAACGGAUUCUACAAGGAAGGAGAGGAAGACUUCAUCAGAAAAGGUAAAGUGGGAGGCAGGAAAGAAUUCAACAGCGAACUAGAGACAAAAGCGAAUCAUUGGGUUGAUGAGCAUCUAGCAUCGACUGAGCUGAAGUUCCCAGUGUGCAAUUCAAACCAUCGUUGACAUUUCUUGUAUUUUUGCAUCUAGUUUUAAGAAUUCAAAUACUCUAUUUUAUCUGAAUCUAUCCUUUUCUUCUCCUUCCUUUCAUUAUAAAUUAUGUUAUUUCACGCAUUGCAAACCAAAUUUACAGCGAAUCAAACAUUCGACAUAUAGAGAUUUACAAGUUAUGGGUGUGCAUUGUCUGUCCUAAACUGCAAUUUAUACUACCAUUGGGGAAGAUUUCAUAGUGAGAAAUGACCAUUAGAUAAUGACAGUUUUAUUGGACACAGCAAUAUACAAUAUAUAUAUUUAAUGUACAAAACGAUUAUUACAUAUAAUACAUAACAAUUACUAAUAGAAAACAAUUUCUAUUACAGAAUAAAAAUAGGAAAAAGUAUUUAUGAAUAGAGAAUAUUGAAAUGAUCCUGAACCUGAAUAAAUAACACUAGAAUAUAAAUAUUAAAUAUAAAUAACCCGAAUCAACUCUUCAGCAUUGAUUUUAUUGUAGAGUUACCUGCGAUGGAUGGCAGUGAGUGUUAUGGUUAAUAUAAUAUCUAUUAUAACAAUGAUACUUAUAGCAUUAAAAAGCAUCUUGGCAAAUGAAAAUAAUUUGAAGAAAAUAUUCGGUUAAGGAUGUAAAAACUAAGACAGUAUUGAUGAGACUAUGAUGAGUAAUACACUGUUAUGUAAUGAGUGAAAAACAAUAUUUUUAUACUAAAA